AUGGCAAAUGAUGCGAAGCUGAUCAUGGUUAUGACCAUGGUCAUUCUGUGGGCUGCAGUCGAGGAGGUGGUGGGUUACCAUAGCCUUAUUGCGAGCUUCAUUUUAGGAAUGGUAAUACCCAGGGACAAAGGAGUGGCGUCCGCGUUGCUAGACAAGCUCUACUACCCGGUUGGCUUGGUGGCCUUGCCUCUGUAUGUUACCUUCUCAGGGUAUCUUGUUAAAGCCCAGCAUACACCGGCACAGGCGACGGAUAUAGCGGCGUGGAUGCCUGUUCUGGCAAUAUGGGGCAUCUCCAUUUUGAGCAUGGCUGUGAAGGUGGCUUCAGCGUUGGCUGUGGCGUGGGCUUACAGGAGCCCCCUGUAUGAGGCCCUCCUCCAGGGUUUUCUUCUCAACUCUAGGGGCUUUCCAGACUUGAUGCUCAUCAAUAUUGGCACUGAGAAACAGAUGUUGAACUUCGGGUGUCUCAUAGUUGUGAUGCUCAGCUCCAUCCUCAGUGCCUUCCUUGUAGCCCCUACUGUACUUGAUGUCAUGUGGGCCACCAAUAAGUUGGAACUCACCUACAAGCACCCUGGAAUCGAAAACCAAGGGCCCGUGGCUGAGCUCCGCUUGCUGGCGUGCCUACAUGACAUCAUCGACGUGCCUAGCACCAUCAGCCUCAUCGAGACAUGUUGUGGCUCCAGUGACUCCCCUCUCUCCAUCUAUAGCAUGCACUUGAUCGAGUACAACGAGCAGACGGCCACCCAGUUACUGUAUCGACAUGAUGCAUCAGAUGCUGCCAUCUCCUUCUUUUCCAACAUGCAUGAGGAAGUAUGUCGUAGUGCCGAGGACAUGCAAACCUCGAUAAUUCUCCUCCCCUUCCACAAGCUUCAGAGGGUCGAUGGCAGGAUGCAGGAGCGAAACUCAAGGUUUAGGAAGCUCAAUCAAAAGGUGAUACGCCAUGCACCCUGCCCAGUGGGUGUGCUUGUUGAUCGGGGGCUUGGCGACACCAUGUUGAGGUCUGCCUCCCGCAUCUCCCAAAACCGCAAUGUGUAUGGGCUCUUCUUUGGGGGCCCCAAUGACCGUGAGGCAGUGGCAUUGGGCUGUAGACUGGCAGAACACCCACAUAGAGACUGCCCGGAGCUAGGGCCUGAAGGGGACUUAUUGGCUUCCUCAGAGUUUUCCAUUACUAGUUCAGUUCUAGUAGUAAUCAAAGGUGCCCCAGGAUAG